AUGUCGUCCACGCUGCGUCUCUAUCGCGCCGUCCUGCGCUCGGCGAACAAGUUUCCCAGUCGAAAUAGAGGGAAGAUGGUCGAGGAGAUCAAGACCGAGUUCAGGGAGGGACGCGCGGCGACGGACGCGAGAGAGAUCGAGACGCGAAUCGCCGCGGCACGAGACGGAUUGGAUCGCCUGAACGCGUUCUCUAACAUGGACACGACGUCGUCCACGUGGCAAGUCUCUCUCAAAGGACCGCACGCGGGAACGGACUAG